GACGAUACAAGAAGGAGAAAUUAAGAGAACUUUAUUUAAUAGGAAACAGUAGACGUUAGUCAUGAGAUUUUAUGCAGCUUUGGUUAUCGCUUCCUUUGGGUUAGCUUUGACGACAUCCAACCCUAUCUCUGGUCUAUCGGAAUGCCAGGACAGUAUAGCAGACGUUGUAUUUGUGCUGGACUCUUCAGCAAGCAUCUGGCCGCCAGACUUUCAGAGGCAACUCGUCUUUGUGGAAGAUAUUGUCAAAAAAUUUAAAAUUGGUCCAAAUAACACACAAGUAGGCGUCGUCACAUUUGGCGAAACUCACAAACUCCGAUUUCACCUGAACAAAUAUCAGAAAGAUGCCUCAAAAUUACAGAAAGCUAUAAGCUCCAUUCAUUUCGAUCCUGGUAGAUCAACAAAUACCGGAGACGCCAUCAAAUUUGUGUCGAGUGUCAUGUUCACAACAAGCAAUGGUGCCAGAGAUAAUGUUCCCAGAGUAGCGGUAGUCAUAACCGAUGGACGAUCUACAGAUUCUGCCAAAACAGCCGAAGCUGCACGUGCUGCACGUGAAAGGGGAAUCCAUCUUUUCUCCAUAGGAGUUGGGAGAAAGUCGGACAAAACUGAACUCGAGAGCAUUGCCAGUAAACCGUCCAAAGAGUUCGUUUUUACAGUUGACAAUUACAGCGCUCUAAAGAACAUCCUGAACGUUUUCGCUGUCAAGACAUGUCAAGUAACGACAACGCCUCAACCAACCACAACCGAGACUACCACCACUACCACCACACAGCCCACCACAACCACCACACAACCUACCACAACAACACAACCUACCACCACCACCACACAACCUACCACUUUAUCAUUUAGAGGUGGACAACAGAGUGACCAGUCUUUUGUAAAAGAAUGUAAUGGAAAGCCAGCCGACAUUUAUUUUGUCAUGGAUUCAUCCAGGAGUAUUGGAUAUAGCAAUUACCAGAAACAGAAGACUUUCAUCAGUAAACUUGUCAGUGCUUUCGACAUAUCCAGCUCUAACACCAGAAUCGGAGUCGUCACUUACAGCCACGACAUCAAGGUUGACAUUCCUCUUGGUUCCAUUUUGACCGUCCCUGAACUUCAAAAAGCAACCAGAAAUCUACCGUAUCAUGCAAGGGGGACAAACACAGGUGAUGCCAUCCAGUUCGUCAGGAAAGUGGGAUUCGCUACAGGCGUUGCUAGACCCGGAGUUGCCCACAUCAUGAUAGUUUUGACGGACGGACUGUCCAUGGAUACUGCUAAAACAAAAAAAGAGGCUGUCCUGGCUCAUGAUGCUGGUAUCUAUGUGUUUGCUAUCGGAAUCGGAAAUGGUGUUGACACAGUGGAGCUUAGCGCCAUUGCUAGCGACCCAGAUAAAGAUUUCCUUUUCCAUGUCAAAAAUUUCGAUGCUCUGAAUUCCAUUAGAACAUUGCUAGCUACCAGAACCUGUGGAAUGUUACCUAAAGACGAUGCUUCUUCAAAUGUAAUUCAAUUGCCAAAGUAUGGAAUGAUGGACAUCGUAUUUGUUUUUGAUAUGUUUGGAAUCGGGACCCAGAAGACCCUUAUUAUCAACAAAUUUAUCUCCUCAAUCGUGAAAAGAAUCACCAUUGGAAUGGGAGACAUACGAAUCGGUCGUUUUACAGCCGAUUGCCCAGAAACAACACAAACUGGUCUGGUCCCUGUGACGUCAUGGAAUGGCGUAUCAAAAAUUACAUUCCCCGGACUUGGCAGUCUCAUUGACAAACUUGACGCCUUCUUCGACCAGAAUGGUGCCAGGUUAGGCGCGCGGCGAACGGCGGUAGUGUUUGUUGACGAACAAGAACAAAACGUAAUGGACAUUGUUAGCAAGCUUCAUUCUCUUAAAAACAUGAAUGUCAUCACCAUCAUUCUCGGCGAGGAGGAAAAAUAUGUUUUGGAGGAAACAAAAACGAGAAAGUAUUUCUAUGUUCCUAGCUAUGAACAGCUCUUUAAAUUCACUUUUCCUUGUUUGAAACAACUGUGUUUCUGUGACGCUGUAUAGAUUUGUGUAUGAACUUACGUGACUGUGAUAUUACAUUCCAUUUUUUUUUUAAAAUAUUUGAAUUUAUAUUUAUAUAAAAAUAUUUAUGAGUCAUUUCUUAUUUAUACAUAUUUUACAUUUUAUACAUUUAUACAACUUAUAUUUGAUGUUGGUGCUAUUCAUUGUUCAGUAUUUGCCCAACGUCGUUUUACUUGAAAGAAAUACUAAGUAUUCAUGAUUGUAUGUGAACUCAUCCAUGACUCCCUUGAAAUAAAUUUUCAAAUGUGA